UUGUCAGUGUGCUGCCUGGUGCCUUUCAGAGCUGCUGCUGCCGUUGCUUCUUCGUACAGGGAUCAGAUCAGAGGUGACCAUGAAACCGGACGGCUCCGAUAACUCAGUUUUUAAAGAGGUGGACCUUCACUAUGAGAGAAACAACAACGAGCACCACAUCAAAAAAAGAAGUGAAGUGAAGAAGCUGAUUGUGAGGCGAGGCCAGUCCUUCAUCCUGACUCUUAAACUGGCCCAACCUUUCAGCCCUGAUGUGGAUCAGCUGACCAUGACUGCCUCCACAGGAGACCAGCCCUCUGAGGACCGGGGGACGAWGUCUUGCUUCGGUGUUCCAGACAAAGUGAAACGUUCAGCUUCUGCUAAGGCCGUGUGGAAGGCGGAGCUUCAGAAGACCUCCUCCWCCCAAACAGGAGUCCUGAUUCUGACCCUUACACCCCCAGCUGAUGCCCCMAUAGGGGACUACAAGCUGUCAGCUAAACUUAAGGAGRAGGAGAGUUUGUUGGCCAACCUGUAUGUGCUCUUCAACCCCUGGUGUCCUGCUGACUGGGUGUUUCUGCCUGAUGAGGCUGAGAGGCAGGAGUAUGUGAUGAAUGAGCAUGGAAUAAUCUACAGAGGAUCUGGUAAUUACAUCUCUCCAAUGGACUGGGACUUUGGACAGUUUGAAGAAGACAUGGUGGAAAUUUGUUUGAAGGUACUCGACCGGAACGUCAAACACACGCGUGACCCAGCUGAUGAUGUCUCAGCUCGCUGUAACCCCAUCUACGUCAGCCGAGUCGUCAGCUCCAUGAUUAACAAUGCAAACUAUGGUGGCGUCCUUCAAGGAAAUUGGUCAAACGACUUUAGAGGCGGAGUACCACCCUCUCGCUGGAGUGGCAGUUAUGCCAUUCUUAAAAAAUGGUACAACCUUUUCUACAGUCCGGUUAAAUUCGGACAGUGCUGGGUGUUUGCUGGCGUCAUGUGUUCAGUGAUGCGCCUGCUGGGAAUCCCCUGCCGUGUUGUUACCAACUACAAGUCUGCUCACGACACUAACAAGAACCUGACCGUCGAUACCUACUAUGCAGAUUAUGGUGUUCGAGAGAAAGCAUCCAAUGACAGCGUCUGGAACUUUCACGUCUGGGUCGAGGGCUGGAUGAAGAGACCAGACCUGUCAAAAAAUGGCAAAUAUGAUGGUUGGCAGGUUCUGGAUCCAACUCCACAGGAGAAAAGUGAAGGUAUGUUCUGCUGUGGUCCAGCUCCAGUCUCAGCCAUCCGCAACGGAGAUACUCAUCUCAAAUACGAUGUGCCGUUUAUCUACGCUGAGGUCAACGCCGACUGCAUUCACUGGCUGGUAAAACGUGACGGCAGCAAACAGGUUAUUUCUUCUGACAUCACGACAGUUGGACAAAACAUCUCCACCAAGUCUGUGGCUUCUGACAAGAGGAUGAACAUCACUGAUGCCUACAAGUACAGAGAAGGAACAGAGGAGGAGAGAAAGGUCUUCAAAUAUGCCCUUGACAGGUUAGAGAAAGAAGUGACGGGGGAGGUGGACGUUGGUGGGAGUUCUGACAAAUCCCCAAACCCGACGAGUGAAACCAACACUGGGGGGUCUGCAGGUAUCGAACAUCCAAAUAAAGAAACAACCUCCCCUGAACCACCACCGCCACAACUCCUGCUUCACUUUCAAGAUGUGUCCAAGCUAGUGAACGGUGAGGACGUGAAGCUGAAGCUGAACCUGAGCAGUGACAGCAGCGUUCCCAGGCUGCUGUCCGUCAACAUCAGCGUCCAGGCCUUGAAAUAUACGGGUCAACCAGCUGGGAACAUCCAGACUGAGGUGACGGAGCAGAAACUGCUGCCUGGGGAAGAUCUGUCCAUCCCCAUCCUGGUUCCGUUCCAGACCUACCACAAGUACAUGAUAGAGUGUAAUAGCAUGAACAUCGCAGCCUUGAUCACAGACCAACAGAACAAAGAUAAAACCUACCUGGCUGAGGAACGCAUCGUGCUGAUGGACCCACCUAUCUCACUGACCGUUCCUAGUGAGGGUAAAGUGAACUGUGGGUUUAAAGCUGAAGUGGUUUUCACAAACCCGGUCGAAGAGAUCCUGAGAAACUGCACCCUGACUCUUACAGGAAGUGGACUGUUUUUUGGCGAGGUUGUAACUAAACUCCCAGACCUGAAGCCAGGCAACAGGAUCCGGAUCCUGUUUGACAUUGUUCCCUACAGGAGCGGAGAGAGGACUCUGCUGGUGGACUUCGACUCUGCCUUGUUCAGGGACAUUAAAGCCAGCUGCAAAGUCGACAUCAAACCAUAAAUACCUGUGCUUAUGUUACAUUUUAGAAUAGAUUUGCCAAACUUGAAAUUUAACGUGAAUUUUCUGCAGGAAAUCUCUCAAAUGCAGCUUCUGAUUGGGAGCUUGGAAAUAUUUUCAUUUUCUUCCUCUUGGUUGAAAUAGGUCACUUUAAAUGAGGUAAAUAUGUAUGCAAAUACUUAUUUAACAUUUCAUUUUUUUUGUCUAACUAGUAGAAAUGUGAUUUUACUUUGACAUUAAAUGAUGUUUAUUGUUUCUAUUAUUAUUGUUGAGCAAGCCAGUUUUUAUUGACCAUGACUGACUUAUUAUAAUAAUAAAAACAUAAAACAUCCAA